AUGGGUUGGCUAUGGAACUCAAACAUCUCGGAAGAGACGCCUAAGGUGACGACUGGCGCAGCGACGAGCAUCCCCGAGUCAAGAUUACCCUCCUCCACUCCACCGAAACAAUUAUCGCCGGACGAACAAGCCGAUUUGGAGUUCAAGCAAAUUAUCGCAGAGCUUCAGCAAGCAGAUGCCGAGCUCAACUCGAAUCAACGACGAGGCCCCGACUCAUACAAUGGGACUACAACAGCGCCCGCCAACCCAGACACUAGCGCACCUCUUGCGCAACCCGCAUCCUCCAUUGCGCCCGAGUCUCUCUAUGCCGAUACGAUGUCCUGCCGGACCGCGUUUGACUACGCCUUCUUCUGCCAAUCCUUCGGUGGACAAUUCGUCAAUGUCUAUCGUUAUGGUGAAUUGAGAUCCUGCAGUGAACACUGGGACAACUUCUGGCUCUGUAUGAAGACUCGUGGAUGGUCAGACGAGUUGAAGAGGAAAGCGAUUCGUGCGCAUAACCAGAAGAAAGCGAUCAAGUAUAGAACUGGCCCAAGCAGCGAGGAUGUUUGGGACGUCAGACUGGAACCGGCCUCGGACUCCUUCAAGGGCGACUUUGCAGCUCUUGAGAAGGAGAUGAAAGCCGAGGAGGAGAUGAAGCAAAAGGCUGCAUCAACGUGA